CGGUUCGACACAUCAUCGAGUUGGUCGAGGGUGUUGUUCCUCCAAAGGGCUGCGUGUACCGUAUGGGACCCGGCGAGUUGGAGGAACUCCGGCGACAGAUCGAUGAGAUGAUUGACAAAGGUUGGAUCAAACCAAGUGAAUCUGAAUUUGGUGCUUUUGUGUUGUUCGUGCCAAAGAAAGGAGGCAAACUCCGCAUGUGUAUUGACUAUCGCGGUCUAAACCGCAUCACGAGAAAGAACGUUUAUCCAUUGCCUCGCAUAGACGAUUUGCUUGAUGCUUCAGGCGGGUGCAAGGUCUUCUCCAACAUCGAUCUCAAGUCUGGCUACCACCAGAUUGAAGUCGAUCCUGCGGACCAGCACAAGACUGCGUUCAAAACACGCGACGGGCUUUAUGAGUUCACCGUAAUGCCCUUCGGUCUUACGAAUGCACCAGCCACUUUCCAAAGCUUCAUGGACAAGGUCCUCCGCGAACAAAUUGGCCGGUUUGUGGUAGUGUACCUGGAUGACAUUCUGAUCUUCAACAACUCCAUGGAGGAACAUCUCAAGCAUCUUGAGGAGGUGCUCGCUAUCCUCAAGAAGACGCAGCUCCAUCUCAACUUGGAGAAAUCUGAGUUUGGGAAGGAUAGCGUCAUCUAUCUUGGGCACCGGUUGUCUGUUGCAGGCCUAGAGCCUGAGGCAACCAAGAUUAAGGUUAUACGUGAUUGGCCUCAACCUACGAACAUUCGCGAAUUGCGUACUUUCCUUGGUCUCGCGUCGUACUAUCGGAAGUUUGUACCCCGUUUUUCUAUCAUUGCUCGUCCGUUGUCGCGACUAACCAGUAAAAAUGUGUCUUAUUCCUGGGAUGCCGUGUGUACGGAAGCUUUUCAAGCUCUCAAGGAAGCCUUGGUAAGUUACCCGGUACUCCACAUUGCAUAUCCCAAACUGACCUUCGUAGUUACUACGGAUGCAAGUCAGUAUGGAAUCGGUGCAGUGCUGCAACAAGAUGACGGCGAUGGCCUGCGGCCACUCGAGUACUACAGCAAACGAAUGCCCAGCGUAAAGGUAGCCACUUCCACCUACAUGCGCGAGCUCUACGCUUUGCAUAUGCCGUUGGAUCACUGGAAACAUUACCUUUUGGGACGCCACUUCAAAGUCUUCUCAGACCAUGAGACCUUGAAGUGGAUCAAACAGCAAGGUUUCAGUGAAGUCGAUGGAGACAGACUCCCAGGGACCAUCAGGGAUGGGUAGGGGUGUGAGUAGCCCCAUGGGCUUUUGUCUGCAAGGUUUGAUUCGUUGACAAACUUGACAUUCAGCCACAAAUUUCUCAGCGGUCUCUUUCAUGCCAGGCCAAUCAAACUGUCUCAGCAGG